AUGUUCCUGUUUUCUGCUAUAUAUGUUGCUUAUGUACUCUACUCCGAUGCACCUUAACUCAACAUGUAUGCCCCUCUAAAAUCAAAAAGAAUACAUCCAGCUAAUGGUGGAUUUGAACUUGUAGAUUAAUUUAAGAGGAAUGAUCUUACAGCCAGCCAGGGCUCCUUGCACAAUAAUGAGAUGAGUUAGAAAAUACAAUCGCCUUAAAAAGAUCAGAGCAAGGAUAAAAAGAAAUCAACUAUUCUUCCUCCGAUUAAUAGCAAUAAAAGCCCUAAGAGUUUUGUUGUAGAUGAUAAAUAUAACACUUAAGCAAAGCUUUUUGAGGUGCCAGAUGUCAACGAUUCCAUUAAUUUGGGAAAUUCGAAGAGAAACAUGCUUUAAUCUCCAUAAGAUAAAAAGAUGAUAAAUUUAGAUACAGAAGAAGGCUAAGAAUUCAAUGUAAUGGAAAAUUAAGAAAAAGAUGAGGAAUCUAUAUCGUUUACAAAUCCUAACAAUAACAAUUCAGAUAAAAACGAUAAUGGAAAUAAAGGGGGUCAAGCAAUUAAGAACAACUCCCCAAAGCGAAAGAAAGGCUAAUAGACUUCUUAGAAAUCAAAUAGAAGUAAUACUAGAGGUAGCUCGAAAAAGACAAGAGAGAUGUUUUAUGACAAUACAAAUAAUCAAUAAAAAGCAACUGAAAAUGAUGGAUAAGAAGACGAGGAAGAUGAUUAUGAUUAUGAGAUUGUUUGA